AUGGCAGUGAGUGCGGAAGAAAGUGGAAGCGGAGAUGCUCAGUGGUUAAGUGCGGAAGUUGCGGAGGUGGAAGACGGUGAGUGGACGGCAUUGUGCAGGCUGGAGGAGUUCAGCUCCCCUGCUGACCCGCCAGCGGAGGAGAUGCCGCCGCGAUUACAGGAGCCUUCUGAGGAAGUUCCGGAAACGACGAUUCCGACAGCAGUGCCCGAGGAAGCAGAAGGGUGCACGAAGUCCACGCAGUCUGUGUGGCUUUCGCCCCUCCAGUGGCUUGCGCAAGGCUUCAUGGAGAAGGGAGCAUCGGGAAUUCGUCCAUCGGAAAGUGAGAGCAGCGCAGCCCACCAGCCAGACAGUGAUGGAACGUCUGAGGAGAGUACUGUGCGCUGUCCGUCUUCUCCACCGCUACCUCGCUUCAAGCUGAAAGCAGGGACAGAUCCGAGCUGCAGCCAGGAUGGGAAGGGGGUGUACAGAAAGUCCUUCCUCAGUCGACGCGACUUCGAUGCCCCAGACUCGGAGACUUCGCAAUCCUCUCGCUCGGUGCCCCAGCAUUGGCAGCAGCAAGUUCAACAGCUGAUGAGUCUUGAGCAGAGUUUUAAGAAGCUGCAGAAGCCGCGGAGCGAGCGCGAGAGAAAGGCUCGCAAUCCUGGUCCCAGAGUGGCCCCUGUGCGGACUCCGGAGCUGCCGACUGCCAGAAGACUGGGCUCCUUCUCAGCGCCCGAGGCAAUCGCGGAACCCGUACAAGGCGGCUUCUUCAGAGGCUAUGGCUGCGGCCACUCAUCGCCUGAAGCUCCAAGAAGACUGGAGCAGCCUCAGCAGACGCAGCAGCAGCUGCAGACGAUGCUCUGCCAUGAACUCUCCGAGCUUGUGAAGGUGCAGCAGGCUUGGUACAGCAUGCUGAGUUCGGCCUGCAGGCAUCCACAGGAGCAACCUCGCCCGGAGAUGCAGCAGAGCUUUUACGACCACCGAUGGACCGAUCCUCGGGGUUCGUUUUCUCAGAGUUGCCCACAAGUGCAGUACACGGGCGCAGUGCCACGAGCUCCAAGUCUUAGCUUCUCGCAGAUGGUGCCAACACUGAAUCCCUGGACUCACGAUGCUGGAAAGCUGUUGGCAGCUCUUCGACAGAUGGGCGCCGUUUACAUCACGGACGACGGCCUGGGUUGCCUUCCAAGGCAAAGCUUCGGGCGCUGGCGAGACUUGUGGUACGAAGCGCUGUUCUACCCGGCGGCUUACAGGAGGAAGCAGGCGACAAGGGCCUGGCAGCUUCGCUUCUCUCAGGGGGAAGAUCUUCUUCGGACCCUAAAGGGCACGGAGAAGUCGCACACACCAGAUGUGCGAUACAACUUCGGGCUCGGGGUGGAGUCCCUCCACAGGUGUAACUGGGGUGACCUGCAGUGGGUUUGCGACGAGCUGUGCAACUCCUUCGCAGUCAUUUCCAGGCUCAUCUUCCAUGAGCUGACAAGCGCGGUGCCUUUGGCAGACGAGCCGCCGAAAACCCUAGGCUCUCUUCUAUACCAGGGCGUGGAGCAAUUUGCCGGCAGCCGGAUGCGCCACUCCAUCUAUCCGUGCAAUGGUUCCUGCACCGAGCACACGGACUACGGGGUGGUCACUUUCCAGCAAAGCACGGCAGCCGGCCUUCAGGCGCAGCUGCCAAACGGACAGUGGCUUCCCUUGCAGCCGCCAGACACAGGGGGCCUUCUCUUCGCUGGCGACAUGCUGGAGCGGAUGACGAAUGGGCAGGUCCGGGCAUUGGUGCACCGCGUGUGUUUGGAUCCGAGCGCUGCGAGUGUUUCUGAACCGAGCGCCGUGCGGCAGUCGCAUAUCUUGUUCCUCCAGCCAGACAGGAAUACGCUGGUGCGGCCAUUGCGGCCUUUCUGCACCGGCAACGAUAUGCCUCCAGUACGCUACGGUGACUGGCACAAGAGCAAAACCAGUCUGGCCUUCGAUCGAUGA